CCAACUCAAACUGUGUGGUUCGUUUAUCAUCCAAAUAACCAGUGAUAACCAGUGGCAUCCCUCAUAAUUUUUUCCUUCAUCCGUGUCCAUUUCCCCAUCAUUCGUGGCCCCCUCCGCUUUCUUGAACCACCUCAAAUCACCAAUCGCACACUUCCACUCCCCCACCCAUUUUUAGUACUUUCAAUUCUCCAACAGACAAAACAAUAAUUUCUAGGGCUUUUUUCCAGACUCAAUUUUGAGGUCACACCUUUUGUUUUUCUUCUUUUGUUUUUAGGGUUCAUUACUUGAUGUUUCAAAUCUUUUUGCGUUGAUUUUGAAUUCUAAAUUAUUUAAUUUUAUUUCUCUCUAUAUAUAAAUUUAUUGUAUGAUAUAGAUUCGUCUCUAUCUGAGUUGUAAAUACUUCAGAUGCCAGAGACGAAUCACCAAUCCUCCAUGUACGGAACUGAGCCCACGAUUCUGCAACAACAACAACAGCAGAUGAACCAGAUCGAAGAAGACGAAGAAGAUGAUGAAGUUGUGGGUGGUGAGUCCAUAGACAACCCUCAGAUCCGAAUCGAAGCUCACUCUCUCCACGACGCUACCGUCGGUGCUGGCAGCGUCGCCGUCGCCGGCGCCGGCGAUGCGAUGAACGGCGGCGUCGAUGGUGUUCAUCCCCAUGCUUUGUACGUUCCUGGUUCUGAAAUUGCUCCGGCCGCCGCAGGAGGUGGCGCCGAUCAGCUAACCCUCUCGUUUCAGGGCGAGGUUUAUGUGUUCGACGCUGUUUCGCCUGACAAGGUGCAGGCAGUUUUGUUAUUGUUGGGUGGAUAUGAAGUACCCACUGGUAUUCCAACCGUCGGGGUGGCCCCACUGAAUCAGAGGGGUUUAGGUGAUUUUCCUGUAAGAUCAAGUCAACCACAAAGGGCUGCUUCUUUGAAUCGGUUCAGGGAGAAGAGGAAAGAACGAUGUUUUGACAAGAAAAUCCGUUACAAUGUUCGAAAAGAAGUUGCACUCCGGAUGCAGCGCCGAAAGGGUCAGUUUACGUCGUCCAAGGCAGUUUCAGAUGAAGUGCAUUCUUCUUCAGUUUGGACUACAUCACAGGGUUCAGCUCAAGAGGAACCAGAAACUUCUUGUACACAUUGUGGUAUUAGCUCAAAGUCUACUCCAAUGAUGCGGCGUGGCCCAACUGGCCCGAGGACAUUGUGCAAUGCAUGUGGGCUCAAGUGGGCCAACAAGGGAGUUUUAAGAGACCUUUCGAAGGUUCCAGCAGGAGGAAUCCAGGAUCCUACUGUAAAGGCUACUGAACAGAGUGAGGGUGAAGCUAAUGACUCGGAUGCCAUAACCUCUGCAGCUGACAUCUUGAAUUCUACUAAUGGUGAUAACCCUGCUGUUAAUGGUGAACGGUAUGGAGCUUGAUUGGGACAUGUAAUAUUAUUUUGGGAACUUGUACACAUGGGUGGAGCUAUGCAUGAAGUAAAGGGUUCAAUUGAACCCACUGAACUAUGCAUUUUUUUUUUAA